UCCCCCACGUUUCCAAGAUGGUGUUUAUGUACUCUGAAGGAGGUAAUCUGAACCGGUAACGACGAGAAAUGUUCCUGACCAAGGUACCAUUUCUUCUCAAGAAUAUCGUCACUGAUGUCGUUCGAUGUGACUCGGGACAUGCCAGCGUUCUUGCGCGAAAUUUUCUACGAAAUAACGCGUCCUUCGUGAGAUUUUCAACAUCGAUAGAACAGAAUGAACAGCAAGACUCGACGAGGGAACAGCCAUCCUUGCUCUCGACGAACACGAGCACACCGGAUAAGUUAUACAAGAAAAUCGAGAUUGAAGUCAGAGGAAAUGAUCCAGCAGUGUUGAAAAGUUAUGGAGAAUUUGCGGUGAUGGCUGCGAAUUAUUUAAACAUCAAUGUAUGUAGAAAUACAGCACCACGUAAAGCUAUCCAUGAACGAUGGACAGUGCUGAAAUCUGCUCAUGUUCAUAAAGUACAUCGAGUACAAUAUGAAAUUAGAACUUAUUAUCGUUACCUGGAUUUUUUAAAACUAACUGGGUCGACAGCAGAUACUUUUAUAGAAUAUCUUCAGAGAAAUUUACCAGAAGGAGUGGCAAUGAAAGUGACCAAGGUUGAAAUACACAAGUUGCCAGAGAGUAUAGCUGCAAUGUGUAAAGUAUAAUUAUGCAAAAAGAACAAUUGUUUAUAUUACAAUUAUACUGUUGUAGAUAAUUUCCUGGUAUAAAUUAUAAGGAAAAUACACUUGAAAUGUAUUUAUCUUA